UAAUCCACAAGGACAGAGAAGGAAGAGAAGCCACACACAGCCUACAGCCAAUCUCAGCAGGCCAUCGAUCACCAUCAGACAUGAGCAAGUAUGCUUCCUUACCUGACAUAGACACGGCACCAGAUGUUUAUGAGACGCCCGACCUACCCACGAUCCAUAUCACCGAACGGGACGACGACUCUGAUAACGAACUUCUCCCUCCAGGCAGCCAUGCCCAGUCGACUAAGGGCCACCCUAACUCGGAUAUUAUUAAAGAAACCUUGGACCAGUCAUCGGCCCGUAAGAAGUUUGGUUCUGCUUCUGGUUUGGAUGGCAGCGAUGCAGACUUUUCUACUUCUCUUUUGAGGAAACAGCCUCGUCGAUCAUCCGCGCGUUAUCCGCCUCCAACCACUCGACAGACAUUCGAGACGGAUGAAUACUCGAUCUUGCCGCGAGGAUACGCCAUCGACCAGCGCCAGGGUGUUGUAGAGAAUGAGACUCCACUCGAACGACUACGGCGGCUAAGGUUUGAGGUGGAUCAGCUGGAAGAAGAGCUGGAGCAAGAGAAAGACUCUACUGGGGCCCAAGCAGAUGAGCAGAUCGAUGCGCAGUCGGACCCUACUCCCAAAUCGAACGUUAAAGGCAAGUCGAAAGCCGGGCCCACCCCCACAGAGCUCUUAGUCGAACUGCAACACCUUCGUCAGCAGCUCGAAAAACUCUCAGUUUCAAACUCCUCUGCCGAUCCGCUGUCUACCACUGCCUCACAACUGAGAGCACGAGAGGCGUACGCCAAAUCGCUCUUGCUACAGCUCACCGAACGAGGGCCAAAGACGCAGGAAGCCAGCGCUUCUAAGCCCGCGGAGCCCAGCCCACCCGUGUCGAAGGCGACGACGUCAGCUCAGUUGGACUCCCGUCUGAGCGUGCUCGAGGAUCUUCUGGGUUCGCGUAGCCUCCUACAAGCCUCAGGGGCUGGUGACAUCAGCUUACCCCCACCGCUACUCGUGACAAUCAGCAAGCUGGAACACCAAUUAUCGCUACUCACUCAGCCGCGCCAUCUGGACUCGAUCUCGCGGAGGGUGAAGGUGAUCGUGACGGACUUGGAACGGGUGCAUGAGGCGCGUAGGAAGUUGACCGACCAUCGCCCGCUGUCCAUCGCCCUUGCCAGCGGGAUCACCGUCGUCACCCAAAACCAAGCCGGCUCCUCUCAAGGAUCUGUUAACACCAGUCUGGGAGCCGUGCCAGGUGUGAUCAGUAGCAACAAUAACGACGCCAACCAAGCUAAUCUACCUCCAGACGCGCUCCACAAGCUAGAGAGACUCUACAGUCUUCUACCCCGAUUAGAUCCGCUCUUACCCCUGAUCCCUCAUCUACUCAGUCGAUUACGCUCAUUGGCUGAACUUCAUACUAAUGCCGAUCAGUUCCGGAUUCGGCUCGAUUCUUCGAUUGCCGAUCUUAGGAACCUCUCCAAUCGCUCCUCUCAGGUUAAUCAGCUCCUCAAUGUUAUCGAAACUAACUUCAGCUCGAAUGAAAUCGUCAUUCAGAAAAACCUCUCCUUGGUCGAACAGCGGAUCGAAAAACUCUUGGAAUCUAUCGAUCAUUUGAAAGCCUCUUAAAACUCUUCCCUUUCUUUUUUCAUCUCUCGUCUCCGCCUCAUCCUAAUUUAUUCUUUUUGUUUUCAUCAGGUGUUUAUCAUUGCUAAAUUAUACGUUUUCUUUCCUUUCGACCUACAAAUAGUGUUACCAUUUUGUUGUUUUUGUGUUCUUUGGCAGUUAGUAGUCCAUCAUGAAAAACCUCAAACUC